CGGGCAUCCCCGUCACCAUGGCAACCGCGGCCGGCCCGUGUCACGUGCCGGGGGGAGGAAGAGGCAUCACGUGAUGUUUGGCUACCGCCGAGCUCCUUCCGGGUCGAUGCGGGACGCGGCCGGCGGGCCUGGAAGUCCAAGAAAGGAGCAUGGACCAGCCCAGCGGAAGGAGUUUCAUGCAAGUUCUUUGUGAGAAAUACAGCCCUGAGAACUUCCCUUAUCGUCGUGGGCCUGGGAUGGGCGUGCAUGUCCCCGCAACUCCGCAGGGUUCACCUAUGAAAGAUCGUCUCAACCUUCCAAGCGUGCUGGUACUGAACAGCUGUGGCAUAACCUGUGCAGGAGAUGAGAACGAAAUCGCCGCCUUCUGUGCUCAUGUGUCCGAACUAGAUCUUUCUGACAAUAAACUGGAAGACUGGCAUGAGGUCAGUAAAAUUGUGUCCAACGUUCCCCACCUGGAGUUUCUAAACUUGAGUUCCAACCCUCUCAGUUUGUCCGUUUUAGAGCGAAGGUGUGCUGGGUCUUUCGCUGGUGUUCGCAAGCUUGUGCUCAACAACAGCAAAGCUUCCUGGGAAACAGUCCACACAAUCCUGCAGGAAUUACCAGACUUGGAGGAGCUCUUCCUGUGCCUUAAUGACUAUGAAACAGUGUCUUGUUCGCCCGUUUGCUGUCAGUCUCUCAAAUUACUCCACAUAACUGACAAUAAUCUUCAAGACUGGACUGAAAUUCGAAAAUUGGGGAUUAUGUUUCCAUCACUGGACACACUUAUUCUGGCUAACAACAACCUCACGACCAUUGAAGAGACGGAAGAUUCCCUAGCAAGGCUGUUCCCCAACUUGCGAUCCAUCAAUUUGCACAAAUCGGGUCUGCAUUGCUGGGAAGACAUCGACAAGUUAAAUUCUUUUCCCAAGCUCGAGGAAGUGAAAUUACUAGGAAUUCCUUUGCUGCAGUCCUACACCACCGAGGAACGCAGGAAGCUGCUAAUAGCCAGGUUGCCGUCUAUCGUCAAGCUCAAUGGGAGCAUCGUUGCAGAUGGGGAGCGAGAGGACUCGGAGCGAUUCUUUAUCCGAUAUUACAUGGAGUUCCCAGAGGAGGAAGUCCCAUUCAGGUAUCACGAGCUGGUCACAAAGUAUGGAAAGCUGGAGCCCUUGGCAGUCGUGGAUCUUCGGCCGCAGAGCAGCGUGAAGGUGGAGGUGCACUUCCAGGACAAAGUAGAAGAGAUGUCGAUCCGUCUCGAUCAGACUGUGGCAGAAUUGAAGAAGCACUUAAAAACUGUGGUGCAGCUGUCAACAAGCAACAUGCUGCUCUUCUACUUGGACCAGGAAGCUCCCUUUGGUCCCGAGGAGAUGAAAUACAGCUCACGAGCACUGCAUUCCUACGGCAUUCGGGAUGGGGAUAAAAUUUAUGUGGAGCCCAGAAUGAAAUAGCCUCUCUUGACCUUGUGCGUGCGUGUAUGUGCACGCACGCACCCCACACGCCCACACACAUGCAUUUAAGGAGUUUUUUGCAAGGUUUUUAUUUCAGUCGGUUGGUUGAGGUUUGGUUGUGUUUCUAUAGCAGGUAAUGUCAUAGCCCAGAGAGAGUGCCCUGAUCUGAGAACCAUGCCCGCCAUCCACUGCAGGUGACCUUGAGGUGACAAUUGACUUCCAUGCGUGUGUUUCAGUGUGUGCAAUACCUUGAAGGUUUCUUUGAUGCUCCGGUAUACUCGUGAUCUGGCAUGAAUGGUCAGUUGCUCAAGCUAAAGGAUGCUAGGGCCCGUAAGGGUGAGGGUAGCUCGGUGCAGAACUUGACCUGUUUAUUUUUUCUUUUUCUAAAAGAAGACAUAAUUUUUUUUUUUGGCCGAGCUAUUCAACUGCAGCUUGAGCAAGCUGAAGAGUUUUAUUUUCUUUCUGGGUGCUGUCUCUUAACCUUUUGUCACGCUCAAGUUCCCUGAAAAGAUCUAAAACAGUAUUCGGUUUGAAUCAGAGCUCAGGUAUUCAGCACGUCCACUUAGCUCCGCUGCUUGCUAUGAGCGUGCAAGGUGGGGGAGAGAAGGAGACCCUGUUAGAAAGAAACAAUUUCUGUUGGAAACGCAUGCUUUAUAUCCCGUCCGUCCUAUUCUGAGUGGUGAGAAGGAGGUUUGCUGUCUGGAACCGUGGCACAUCGUGUCUGCAACCUGUAGCGCUGGCAGCCUGCAGGUAAAGGUAGCCCGGCCGUGUAGUCUGGGAAGUGAAUUUUGGAAGGUGGUGGAUUGGCGUUGCGUUCUUUGGAGUUGCUUCUAGGGUAACAGGUCAGAAAGGUGUUGAAGGGCACCUUCCCCAGUUGGCUAAGGAAACAUCCCCACGAUGCUGAAAGUUCUUCCAGUAAGCACUUAACCUUGCACCAGUUUGUACUGAAAGUGGAAUGGCUAAAAUUGCUCUCCUGGGAGAGAGCAAGGCUAGAGUUGAAGUUUGUUUGUUGAUGUUGCACCAGAAAUGAAACCUGGCACUUUCCCCGGGGACCCCUGGCUGUGGGGUCCCUCUUUAGGGUCCAAACUAGCAGAAUGUGUUGACUCGGAUCAGUUUCUUAGACGGUGAGUCCAAAAGCACCUAUAGUCACGUUUAUUGUAAAGCAGGUGUUCACUCUGUCAGCCUCCCCCACGUGCACCUCGUAGGCAUUGUGUGCUGCUGCUUGAAUUAGCCCCCUGUUCCUGCUGCAGAGCAGAUUCCCUUUCCCGUGCGAUGAAACCCUCACUCCUUGAUAUCUCCUGGAAAUCAGACAGCCGUUUCACUCGACUGUGUCCUCCCUCGUUCCUCUGUCAUCCUGACAAGUUGAAGACUUUUCACGUUGCCUGGUUAUAAGAACUGCAUAAAAGUUUUUGAAGCUGUGCAGCGAGGGCUCUUGUUACACACGAACUUCUGACCUUGAUUUUGAAAUGCUUCCUGUCCCCACGUGCACUUUCUUUCCCGAGAUGCUUUUUGUCCAUGCCACUGAGCUCCUUUAUAGUCUCGGAGCUGUGUAUUUCUCUUAAUAUUUUACCUAGUUUGUGGGGUGGGGUAGAAUGGGGAUAAAUCAUUACCACAUAACCUUCAGGUUCAGGAUGUAGGGACCGUUGGGAGGGGAGUAGUUCUGCAUCCACAGCAACGAUUAAAAAUGAGAAGAUUUAAGACAAUUAAUUACUCGUGCCUCAUCCCCCGGCCAAAACCAUCGAUUUCCUGGCACCGUUGAGACGAGCAAUAGGAGAUGGAGCAAGAGUUGCCGUAGGUAGCACAGAGGCCGCGGCCCGUAGCUGCGGAGCCGUGUACCCGUAAAACAACCGAGCGGGGAGAUGGCGGCAGUGUAACAUAAGAUGACGCUUUUAUAAGCUAGAGCUUUACUGAAGAUGUAUUUUCCAUUUGGGCAGUGAAAGGCAUUUGCUGCCUUAUAGCCGAACUCUUAAGCCAACACUUCUGUAUGAUAUAUACAUAGAUACGCAUAGGAAAAGUUGUGUUUAAUAAGAUAUUUUGUUAUAAAACAAAGUUUUAUGAAGAUAUGGUUGUUUAAUAUUAGAAGCCUAUUUCUCCCGUUGACCUCCCGUUGAAGUGCGUUAUAUCCAUCAGUCGCUGCAUCGCCUGAGUUCAGCGACCAACGCAGAUGGAAAGGGAUCUCUGAUCUGAUUCCAUAGAGCAGUAAUGGCCUGUGUGGGUAUAUUUAUGACAUUGUAACUGGUAUUAAUGAGAUGCUGUAAUUAUUGACCAACUUCCUCAGCACAAUUAAAUGUCUCGGUUGCAGAGAAGGAAAUAAACAAAGUCCAUGAAAGAAUUGAAUGGGAUUUUAAAGAAGACCCAGAUAUGUGCUUGUAAGUUUGUUCGCCCACUGAAGGCUACGCUCGUCCACCUAGCGAGCCUUGCCGUCGCCACGCCGGCUCAGAACUGGCAGGAAACGAUGGUUUUAUUUAUGGCGGGGCUGGCAGGAACUGGAAGAUGGAAAAAGAGAACGCCUCGUGGCCUACGAUGUCAACACGUGCUGAAGAUUUGGCACUGCUGCCCAAAUUGGCUCCCCUGAUGUGUUUGAGGCUGCGAGAGCUGCGGUACAAAUACUGGCUGCCUCGCCGCGUUGUUGGGGAAGGUUGUUCCUGGACGGCGUUCUCAAGCUGUUUGUGCAGUCGGCAGAGCACACCUUGGGGGAACCAAACCCAUCGCUUGGCUUCCUGAGAACGAGCCACGUCCGAAGCCCAGGAACGAUUUACGCAUCCACACAGUUGACUUUGAAAAGUCGGGCAGAACGGCACGCAAGCAACGCACCAAAAUGCCCUGAAUUGGAUUGCUUCCCUUCUGUAAUACCUGUCGGGGAAGGGAUGUGUGUUUGGGCAAUGUUACUGCGUAGCAGGGCACCGUGGCUCGGGGAUGAAGGGGAGGGCUGUGAA